CAGAAGGGUGCGAUGGUGUCAGUGUUUGGUGUAAAGGCGGAGGAACUUUUUCAGCGUCACACCAAGUUCCCCCCGGUGCUUCUAAACUUCCAGCCCAGAGGGAUCUUCCUGUUGGACAGCCAUGUUAUCCUGUACGGCUCAGAGGUGAUGGCACACACACACAUACAUCGCACAGAUGCACAUGCACACACACACACACACACACACACAGAGUUCAAGUAACUUGACAAAAUAAAAAAUAUAGGAGAUAGGAAAACCUCAGGGUCCUAACUAAGUAUGAUGAAUUUGAUACCAUAAUGUAUUUCCCUUACACAACCUUUGUCUGUGUAUUAUGUUGUGUUUAGGUGUGGACAUCGUCAGACAGAGGCUCUACCUUCACAUUGGUGUUCUCUCUAGACAAUCAGAACGUUAUAGACGCUCUGAGCUGUACUGUCAGUGGAGUGGUAGUGUUCUCUACUGACCAUGGAAACCUCUACAUCAUGAAGUCAGGUGGGGACAACAACAAUGGUGACGUUCCAGGUUAUCUUUUUUGCAGUCGUGCUUCUCAAAUGAUCCAAUCUCACAACGCCUGGAGAAGUUUGUAACUACUCAGGAAGGAACCAUGUUUGUAUGUGAACCCUUCUGAGAACAGGGUGAAUGCAAAACAGACAACCUGGAACAUCACCAUCCAACUCCUAAAUAAUAUGCUGUAGUAACUGCAGGAGUAGGCUUGAACCAAGGGUUGUUGUGGUGACCGUAUUACCGCCACACCGGCAGUCAUGAGUCAUGACCACAGUAAAAUUCCACGUGGCCGUUGAGUCAUGGUAAUCUCUUAUGCACUCAGGACAUGUAUUGGUAGUACACAACUCGCUAACGACCAUUAGGUCACUAAUGGCCUGGUACUCAGGGCUCUAUUGUCCCUCUAACCACUCUGAUAUCAAUGCAAAUGCAAUCGAAAAUCAAAUCAAACAUAAUCAUCAAAACAGUAUGUGCUUUGAAAACUCACAUCACUGUGAUUGAUCAAUUUGAAGAAAGAAGUUCAACAACAGGUUGAAACUGAGUGGAAAACAUGUUCAUUGUGGAUGUUGUUUCAUAGCCUAACACAACUAAAUGGACAGCACUUUCUAAGGUGAUGAUUAAUUCAAAACAGAGGUUAUGAGUACGCGUAGGCCUAUGAGCCCAAGCCCGGAAGAAACCCCUGAAUUAAAAUAAUGAUUGUGCCGUUAUACAAUACAUAGCCUACGGCAUAUUAUGCACGGCAGAAAAACAUUUUUUUUUUAAACUGUUGGUACAUAAUUGGUCUAGCUUAUACUCCAAAAUUUAACAAAUUGUAGUAAUCGCCUUUGAGUGUGGACUGUAUUAUUAUGCAUACUGGAUGGACUGGUUACCUUAUGCUAUGCUCCAAACGUCUAUUCAUGAGUCUGGGAGAGAACGUAUAGGCCUAGGCGAUGCUGUUGGUUCAUUGAUUGUGCAGGGCGGCUAAGCCUACAGUUAUAUACUGAACAAAAAUAUUACAGUUCAUAUAAGGAAAUCAGUCAUUUGAAAUAAAUUCAUUAGGCCCUAAUCUAUGGAUUUCACAUGACUGGGCAGGGGCGCAGCCAUGGGUGGGCCUGGGAGGGCAUAGGCCCACCCACUUGGAAGCCAGGCACACCCACUGGGGAAUUUGUUUUUCCCCACAAAAGGGCUUUAUUACAGACAGAAAUACUCCUCAGUUUCUUGAGUUGUCCGGGUGGCUGGUCUCAGACGAUCCCGCAUGUGAAGAAGCUGGAUGUGGAGGUCCUGGGCUGGCGUGGUUUUUCAAAUCAAAUCAAAUGUGUUGAGAAAAAAAGAGCAGAAGUAAAAUAAAAUAACAGUAGGGAGGCUAUAUAUACAGGGGGGUACCGGUGCAGAGUGAAUGUGCGGGGGCACCGGCUAGUUGAGAUAGCUGAGGUAAUAUGUGGGUAGAGUUAAAGUGACUAUGCAUAAAUAAUUAACAGAAUAGCAGCAGCGUAAAAAGAUGGGGUGGGGGUGGGGGGGGCAGUGCAAAUAGUCCGGAUAGUCAUGAUUAGCUGUUCAAGAGUCUUAUGGCUUGGGGGUAGAAACUGUUAAGAAGCCUUUUGGAUCUAGACUUGGCGCUCCGGUACCGCUUGCCGUGCGGUAGCAGAGCGAACAGUCUAUGACUAGGGUGGCUGGAGUCUUUGACAAUUUUGAGGGCCUUCCUCUGACACCGCCUGGUAUAGAGGUCCUGGAUGGCAGGAAGCUUGGCCCCAGUGAUGUACUGGGCCGUACGCACUACCCUCUGUAGUGCCUUGCGGUUACAUGUGGUCUGCGGUUGUGAGGCCGGUUGGACGUAUGCCAAAUUCUCUAAAAUGACGUUGGAGGUGGUUUAUGGUAGAGAAAUUAACAUUAAAUUCUCUGGCAACAGCUCUGGUGGACAUUCCUACAGUCAGCAAGCCAAUUGCACGCUCCCUCAAAACUUGAGACAUCUGUGGCAUUGUGUUGUGUGCACAUUUUGGAGUGCACAUUUUGGAGUGCAUCUAAUGAUCAUGCUGUUUAAUCGUGAUAUGCCACACCUGUCAGGUGGAUGGAUUAUCUUGGAAAAUGAGAAAUGCUCACUAACAGGGAUGUAAACAGAUUUGUGCAAAAAAUUGGAGAGAAAUAAGCUUUUUGUGCAUAUGAAACAUUUCUGGGAUCUUUUAUUUUAGCUCAUGAAACAUGGGACCAACACUUACAGUGAGGGAAAAAAGUAUUUGAUCCCCUGCUGAUUUUGUACGUUUGCCCACUGACAAAGACAUGAUCAGUCUAUAAUUUUAAUGGUAGGUUUAUUUGAACAGUGAGAGACAGAAUAACAACAAAGAAAUCCAGAAAAACACAUGUCAAAAAUGUUAUAAAUUGAUUUGCAUUUUAAUGAGGGAAAUAAGUAUUUGACCCCUCUGCAAAACAUUACUUAGUACUUGGUGGCAAAACCCUUGUUGGCAAUCACAGAGGUCAGACGUUUCUUGUAGUUGGCCACCAGGUUUGCACACAUCUCAGGAGGGAUUUUGUUCCACUCCUCUUUGCAGAUCUUCUCCAAGUCAUUAAGGUUUCGAGUGUGAUGUUUGGCAACUCAAACCUUCUGCUCCCUCCACAGAUUUUCUAUGGGAUUAAGGUCUGGAGACUGGCUAGGCCACUCCAGGACCUUAAUGUGCUUCUUCUUGAGCCACUCCUUUGUUGCCUUGGCCGUGUGUUUUGGGUCAUUGUCAUUCUGGAAUAUCCAUCCACGACCCAUUUUCAAUGCCCUGGCUGAGGGAAGGAGGUUCUCACCCAAGAUUUGACGGUACAUGGCCCCAUCCAUCGUCCCUUUGAUGCGGUGCAGUUGUCCUGUCCCCUUAGCAGAAAAACACCCCCAAAGCAUAAUGUUUCCACCUCCAUGUUUGACGGUGGGGAUGGUGUUCUUGGGGUCAUAGGCAGCAUUCCUCCUCCUCCAAACACGGCAAGUUGAGUUGAUGCCAAAGAGCUCGAUUUUGGUCUCAUCUGACCACAACACUUUCACCCAGUUCUCCUCUGAAUCAUUCAGAUGUUCAUUGGCAAACUUCAGAUGGCCCUGUAUAUGUGCUUUCUUGAGCAGGGGGACCUUGCGGGCGCUGCAGGAUUUCAGUCCUUCACGGCGUAGUGCGUUACCAAUUGUUUUCUUGGUGACUAUGGUCCAAGCUGCCUGAGAUCAUUGAUAAGAUCCUCCCAUGUAGUUCUGGGCUGAUUCCUCACUGUUCUCAUGAUCAUUGCAACUCCACGAGGUGAGAUCUUGCAUGGAGCCCCAGGCCGAGGGAGAUUGACAGUUAUUUUGUGUUUCUCCCAUUUGCGAAUAAUCACACCAACUGUUGUCACCUUCUCACCAAGCUGCUUGGCGAUGGUCUUGUAGCCCAUUCCAGCCUUGUGUAGGUCUACAAUCUUGUCCCUGACAUCCUUGGAGAGCUCUUUGGUCUUGGCCAUGGUGGAGAGUUUGGAAUCUGAUUGAUUGAUUGCUUCUGUGGACAGGUGUCUUUUAUACAGGUAACAAAAUGAGAUUAGGAGCACUCCCUUUAAGAGUGUGCUCCUAAUCUCAGCUCGUUACCUGUAUAAAAUACACCUGGGAGCCAGAAAUCUUUCUGAUUGAGAGGGGGUCAAAUACUUAUUUCCCUCAUUAAAAUGCAAAUCAAUUUAUAACAUUUUUGACAUGCAUUUUUCUGGAUUUUUUUGUUGUUAUUCUGUCUCUCAUUGUUCAAAUAAACCUACCAUUAAAAUUAUAGACUGAUCAUUUCUUUGUCAGUGGGCAAACGUACAAAAUCAGCAGGGGAUCAAAUACUUUUUUCCCUCACUGUACAUGUUGCGAUUAUAUUUUUGUUCAGUAUAUAUUCAUUUGUAUUUGAUUUUGAAUAGCCUAGUAAUAGGGCAUUACCUUUAGCUACAGAAUAUCUCACCACUUUGCGUUUACAUCUUCUCCUCUCUCCCCUUCAUUCCUUUCUCCAGCGCGCAGAGAGAGAAAUAACCAAACCAGCGGGAAAGCGGCCUCCAUUCACUAUUCAAGUGCAUUUGGAUGGCAUGACUUUUUUCCCCUGCCCCUGUUCCUGUCCAUUUGAUAAAGUGUCAUUCUAAAUGGAAACUAAUUUUACAUAACAGUAAAGACAAGAUUACAUUUAGAAUAGUGAAAAUAUGAUCACUUGAUGAGAGAACAGCAUGUGCAGCCUGAGGCAAGGAACAGAGCUCAAGCUUUUUUUGCUACUUUCUCAAAUCAUCAAUAGCAUAUAGUCGCAUCAUGCAUCCCAUAUAUGUUUUGAUUUCUAAGGUUUGUAUCAACUAAAGUUGCCAAAUAACUCUAAAUCUAGUAUAUAGGACCUGUUUCAAAUGAACACUUUUACGCUCAACAUAGCCACUUCAUAUGCGCACUCGCUCCGGAAUGGGAAAAAUAUCCUUUCUAUUUUAUUCAGCUUAGUUCAAUUAUAUUCUUCUUACUAUAAAAUCAUAUAAUAUAAAAUAAUGGCACGGGACUUUUAAGCAUAUCUAGUCUGCUAAAUGAACAAGCCUACAGCCUAUGGCAUGGUACAUAGACAGAUAACAUACAGUAGACCAACUCAUAUUCUGUUCUUCUGAAAUACAUUUUCUUCAUAUCAUAAUUUUUCUUUAGACCUGCCUAAAAUAAAUAAUGGAUUUAUUGUUAUGGUGUAUAUUAAAUUGAUUUAUUCAACUUUUUUUAAAUGUAUAUGUCCCAUGAGCAGCUUGUAUGCAUGGUAGCCUGGAGAUGUUAAUUAACGGUCAAUUACCAUGAGACCGGCAGUCUUUUGCAUGACAACGACCGGCUGACAAAAUGUCAUGACCGCCACAGCCCUACUUGAACCUGCCAGCAUUCCCAUCACAUCUCCCCAUCCCCACCCCUCUUUCUCCUUCUGAAGGUCUAGCCAGGUUUGCGUGGUUGAACGAGACCCUGGAUGAAGCGAGUACUCUUCUGUGUGGUCACAUGGGCAUCCUGAUGGCUGUUCAGCUGGACAAAGACAAAGCCAGUGGCUUUAGCUACAGGGUCAUCGAGAUAGACCACCUCAUAACGGUACAGACCACCGGCCUGUUCAGUAGGGAGAUUUUUCUUUGUAACACAUAGGCACUAUUCCACACUGAACAGGACCCAGUUAGGGUAGACACUGCCCUCAGACUAGUUAGUUAACCCAGAAGUAAAAUCUUGCGUAAUUUGGUCAGCCGCUUGAUUCACUUCUGGUUCUGUAUGUGUUUGAAAUUGAGAGUUCCGGCGGUUUGCGAAGUCUCCACCCUCGCAAAAGGAAACACUCAGCCAAAGCCCCGCCCCUUCCGAUCUGCAUGGGCACACGCACAAAGUACUUGAAGCCAAGCAGUUUAAGCACCGCCUUCGCCCAAUCCUGAUAAGUCUGUAUAACCAGUGACAAAACCCAAAGACCGGAACUACUGCAACUCGUUAUCUCACGCAUCCCAUUCAGUCCCGGCAGAUUCUUCGGUCUACCCGCAGAAUCUGCCCACAGGAUAUUAUCCUCAGACAGACCACAGAAGGCAUAAGAAUCGGGUUACUGCAGUUUGUGACAACUGUUGAUGUAAAAAUGGCUUUCAUAGCUCAUCAUCGAUUGUCUAUACUGGCCAUUAAGAUAUUCUCCUGUCUGUCAGGCCCGUUGCAGACAGACAGUGAUGACUUGGUUUUUAACCUACUGUGCGUUUGUGUCCCAAUAGAAACAUGAGAUGGGUUUUGACAAACCCCUGGCCCUUCAGUACACCACAGACCACACAGUCCUGCUCCACGAGCACGCUGUCAUCAAUGACCAUGCUAAUGAAAACAACCGCCAGCGCAGGAACAACCCUCUCACCGUGGCACCCGCCAGCCUCUUCUCACCUGACCACGUGGGAAAGGUCAUCUACUUCAGGUGGGUGGGGCACUCUAUUCCUAGUCUCUCCCUACUCCCCAUUUCCUUUUCACCUGUUCAAUACUAUCCUCAACCAUACAUUCACCUCUCACAUGUUCCAAAUCUCUUAAACCUGUCAUCUUGUGGAUAUUUUUAACUGCUAUUUUAGACACUUGUUUCUUAUCUACAUGUAAUAUUGACUUCCUUAUCUACAUUGACUUCCUUAUCUAAUAUUGACUUUCUUAUCUAAUAUUGACUUUCUUAUCUAAUAUUGAGUAUCUUUAUAUAUUUGUAUUGUCUUAGUAAUUGCCAUCAGUGUCCUCCAGAUGUGUGUUUAAUAAAAUGAGGCUUUGUGCAUAUGUGUGGUGUGCGUGUGUGCAUGUCCAUACAUGUCUGUGUGUGUGUUCUCCCUCAGUGACGGUGGGAUGGUGGUGAUCACAGAGGUGUUCCGGACUCACUAUCUGAGGGGGUUCUCCGGGGUCGUCGUCGGGGAGAUCCUGGAGCCAAUCAAAGGAGCCAGCCUGAAUGCGGAGCCUAUGCAGUCAUAUGACCUGUUGGUGAAGAAGGAGGAGCCCGAGGGGCUCAUUGUUACACUGCAGCUCAAAGACCUAGGUAAUUGGAAAGAAAGAUAGAAUCAACUGACUUUUUAGUUAAUUUACAUUUAGUGAUUCCCAAACUUAUUUUGUGCUGCUUUUUUGCCCUUGAGCAAGGCACUUAACCCUAAUUGCUCCUGUAAGUCGCUCUGGAUAAGAGCGUCUGCUAAAUGACUAAAAAUGUAAAUGUAAAUGUACUAGCCCCGGAAUUCAAACAGAAUCAUGCUACGUUUCAGGUAUUUUCCUAUCUUUCCAAGUAAAUUAAUGUAAUAUUUCUAGCUAUGAUCUCAAUCUCUCGUCAUGAGUCUUAAGACACGAUCCAAAAUAAAUCAGCCACUACUCACAACUCAUAGCUUUUGUUUACCCGGCCCGCUGCUGUUUCUCCUGAGGCAAACUAUGAGCUGCCUGACUUGCCAGAUCCAUUUAAAGGAAGAAUCAAUUUAAGUGUGCACACAUGAAGUUAGGAUUCCUUGGAUGAUAACGCUAUCAUUCUUCUGUGGUAAACAAUGAGCUGCCUGCCUUAGUCAACCCUGCUGCUUUUUCUCCUGGGUAAACUCUGAGCUGUACUGUCCUGUCCUGUCCUGUCUUGUCCAGAUCCGUCCCAGGGGUUUAAUCUGUCCCACAUGGGGAAGGCUGUGGUAGCGCCAGGCUUCAGCAGUUACCUCAUCACAGGGUUGCUGCCCAGCGGCAGUGCCCUGGCCAAACCCACCAUGCCAGCCCUAGUGCUCCCCCUGACCAGCCACCGGGCAGGAGAGUGGCUGCUCUUCCACUCUGCAGGUUGCUGUGUUUAUUGUGUGUUAUUAAAUACGCAAGGAUUUUUAAUGUGUAUUGUUGUUGUACUCGCCUGAGGUAACUCUAUGGGCUGGUUUCCCGUACGCAGAUUAAGCCUGGUCCUGGACUAAAAAGUAUGCUUAAUAGAGAUUCUCCAUUGAAAGUGCUUCUUAAUCCAAGAUCUGGGAAACCAACCCUAUAUGUAUUUUAAAUGUGUGAAAUAAAUCCAUCCAUCCAUUUAUUCAUCUAGGCCUGGGGAGCUGGGGGAUGAAGGAGGGGCCAUGUCGUCACGCCCUGCAGUCAUUGAACGGUGUGAGGAAUAACGCUCUGGUGAGGAUCAACGUCAGAGAAGCGCUCAACUUCACCUUCAAGGCCUUCAUGUCCGACUACUGUGAGUAGUGGUGGUGUGGGGGUUGAAGUGUGUGGUGUCUGGGUUAUUACUAAUUACUAUUGACUUUGUAUCACUGUCUACAUUCUUUUGAAAGGGUAAUCUAUAGUUAAAGAUCGAAAUCCGCAUUAGGGGAACAGCGCCACUGUUCGCCUCCAGCACCUUUGUUAUUGUUUUGUUGUUGAAACUGAGGAGAGGAGGCUUCGGCAGCGUGGUCAUUUUGUAUUUAAUUAUUCUGCUGUUCUAUCACUUGUGUGCAAUGAUGUCUGAGGGGAGAACAAACAGUUUGUUUUUGCAGUAACUUCUUUGUUGUUGUAAUAUCCCAAACAGUUUCACCAAUUAAGGAUUCCAGCUUUAAUGCUCUCGUUCUCACAAAAUCCCUGUGUGUGUGUGUGUGUGUGUGUGUGUGUGUGUGCGCAGCUCUGUCCAUGGUGUACCAUAAGAAGUUCAUGCGUGUGGUUCUGACCAACCCUCUGGCCAUCCGAGUCACAGCCAGACACUCCUGGGACGACACCAACAACCACAUGCUCACCCUCACCGCCUUCAGUCACCUCUGCAAGAAGGUAUACCUCCAAUACUCCAUAUCACCCUCAUAUCAUCCUUGCGUUUGUCUAUAUAGACUAAUAAUAACAUGAAAGCAUUUUGUAGUUACAUACAGAAUAUCAGGGUAUAGGUCAAUUCCAUUUCAAUUCACUCAUUUCUGGAAGUGGACUGAAAUUCCAUUAAUUUUUUUAUUGAAAGAAUUGGAAUUGGAAUUCCAUUUUACUUCCUGAAUUGACUGAAUUAAAAUGGAACCCCAACCCGGCUGAAUGCAGUUGUCUGAAGUGUGUUCCUCCAUUGUGUUGUAUUAUCUUUGCCUCUGCCCCUAGGCAACCACCACAGUAAUGGUAUACAUCCCAGAAGCCUCUCUGUUGUGUAGGUCCUCCUCCUUCACCUUCACGCUACAGAACUCCUGCCCUGAGGGACUCCAAAUCAUCUAUGUCUCCCAACAGCCAAUCAGUGAUCACGAAUGGAUCUACACAGAUCCAGUAGAUCACAUGGACAACAAGAGGCUUUUCAACCUGCCUGUGAGAGAUAGAGAUACACUGGGUUACAGGCAUGCGAUCGAUGUUUGAUUAGUUGACCUGUGUGCAGAUAAUGAGAUGUGUGUGCGUGCUUCAGGUGAACUACCGGCCUCCCUCCCAGCUAGGUGUUUCAAUCCCGACCACAGACAACAUCUAUAACGCUGACCCAAGUCAGCCCCGCCCCAGACAGCACUACCCCAUCUCCAAGGUGAGCACAGGUCACAAGGUUCAUACACGCCAGCACCACCUUGUCUCCAAGGUGAGCAAGUCUUUAAUGUUUGUGCAGUGUAACUUAACUAAGUGUCUAUAUGUACUUCUGUGUUGUGUAAGCUGUGAUACUUACUCAGAGUGUUUGGGGUAACAAAUUGUGUGCCUUCCUCCAGGACUCUGGUCGGUAUAAGCAGUGUGCAGGGAAAAGGUCAGCAGAGGAAUGUGGCUGUACAGACGGACUGAAAGUCUCUCCUCUAGCCAUCAACUCUGACUGCAGACAGAGGGUACACAUCAGCAUCAGUGUUAUCAAUCAUCAAUGUCUUCCAAAAACAAAAAAAUGACAUAUACAUAAAAUAUUGUAACAUUUUAUAACACAAAACAAUAUUGAAUAUGCUAUACACUCUGUGGAAUAUAUUAAAGUAUUGUCUUACUGAAAUUGUGCAUUCUGCAUAAUUCAGUCUUGUCGACUGCGAGAACGAAUGAAAUCAGAUCAAAAUCGUAUAUUGGUUUUAAAAAGCCCCUUUAGUCUCUCCCACGUCCUCUGUGUUGUACUGUACAGUCGUGGUCAAACGUUUUGAGAAUGACACAAAUACUCAUUUUCACAAAGUCUGCUGCCUCAGUUUUGAUGAUGGCAAUUUGCAUAUACUCCAGAAUGUCAUGAAGAGUGAUCAGAUGAAUUGCAAUUAAUUGCAAAGUCCCUCUUUUCCAUGAAAAUGAACUUAAUCCCAAAAAAAACAUUUCCACUGCAUUUCAGCCCUGCCACAAAAGGACCAGCUGCCAUCAUGUCAGUGAUUCUCUCGUUAACACAGGUGAGAGUGUUGACGAGGACAAGGCUGGAGAUCACUCUGUCAUGCUGAUUGAGUUAGAAUAACAGACUGGAAGCUUUAAAAGGAGGGUGGUGCUUGAAAUCAUUGUUCUUCCUCUGUUAACCAUGGUUACCUGCAAGGAAACACGUGCCGUCAUCAUUGCUUUGCACAAAAAGGCCUUCACAGUCAAGGAUAUUGCUGCUAGUAAGAUUGCACCUAAAUCAACAAUUUUUCGGAUCAUCAAGAACUUCAAGGAGAGAGGUUCAAUUGUUGUGAAGAAGGCAUCAGGGCGCCCAAGAAAGUCCAGCAAGCGCCAGGACCGUUUCUUAAAGUUGAUUCAGCUGCGGGAUCGGGGCACCACCAGUGCAGAGCUUGCUCAGGAAUGGCAGCAGGCAGGUGUGAGUGCAUCUGCACGCACAGUGAGGCGAAGACUUUUGGAGGAUGGCCUGGUGUCAAGAAGGGCAGCAAAGAAGCCACUUCUCUCCAGGAAAAACAUCAGGGACAGACUGAUAUUCUGCAAAAGGUACAGGGAUUGGACUGCUGAGGACUCGGGUAAAGUCAUUCAUGUGUGGGGUUUCUUCUCAGCCAAGGGAGUGGGCUCACUCACAUUUUUUCCUAAGAACACAGCCAUGAAUAAAGAAUGGUACCAACACAUCCUCAGAGAGCAACUUCCCCCAACCAUCCAAGAACAGUUUGGUGACGACCAAUGCCUUUUCCAGCAUGAUGGAGCACCUUGUCAUAAGGCAAAAGUGAUAACUAAGUGGCUCGGGGAACAAAACAUUGAAAUGUUGGGUCCAUGGCCAGGAAACUCCCCAGACCUUAAUCCCAUUGAGAACUUGUGGUCGAUCCUCAAGAGGCAGGUGGACAAACAAAAACCCACAAAUUCUGACAAACUCCAAGCAUUGAUUAUGCAAGAAUGGGCUGCCAUCAGUCAGGAUGUGACCCAGAAGUUAAUUGACAGCAUGCCAGGGCGGAUUGCAGAGGUCUUGAAAAAGAAGGGUCAACACUGCAAAUAUUGACUCUUUGCAUAAACUUAAUGUAAUUGUCAAUAAAAGCUUUUGACACUUAUGGAAUGCUUGUAAUUAUACUUCAGUAUACCAUAGUAACAUCUGACAAAAAUAUCUCAUAACACUGAAGCAGCGAACUUUGUGAAGACCAAUACUUGUGUCAUUCUCAAAACUUUUGACCACGACUGUAGGUGCUGAGGCUAACGUUUCCUGUGACUGACUUCAACAUCACCCUGUUCCUGAGGAGAACCAAUCAUGCUGACCGCCCGCUCUGCUCUCCGUACUUUGUUACUGUCACAGAGGUCAACAACCGGACCAGCUGGAAGGUCACAGGUCAGUCUCAUUCCAGAAGGCUUUGCAAUGAUAUUCGUAUACUGAUGUUAGUAUAGUGAUCAUAUAUGGAUGUUUUUAAAGACGGAAUCAGCAUUAGGGGAAACAGCGCCACUGUUCGCCCCAGCACCUUUGUUAUUGUUUUUGUUUUGUGGACGAAACGGAGGCGAGGUGCGUUGUGUAAAAACAAUAUGCUGUACAUAUUCUGCUGUUCUAUCACGUGUGCAAUGUGUCUGAGUGGGAAAAUACAGUGUUCGUUGUUUGCAGUAACUUCUUUGUUGUUGUAAUAUCCCAAACGGAUGUGGCGGUUUCACCAUUAAGGAUUCCAGCUUUAAAAUGUGAAAAAUACAGAUUUUCUGUCAUCUUUUCAACCAGAAAAACUAAUUUCAACCAGAAAGGGGUGUGAUUACGACUGCCAAUGCAAAAUAUUGCCUGGUGGGCAGGUCUCUAGUGCACUAUAGUGAAACACACAUUCUCUGUUGUUAACCCGUCUUUUCCCAUCCUUUGUGUUCGUAGGGACCCAUGCAACCCCCACAAUGGACAGGAUGAGACAAUAUCUUAAAGACAGUCUAGAAAACAAUCUCUACAACCCUGAGGGACUGCAGAUCAGCCUUUAUGUAAGUCAUCUACAGUCUCCCUGACUAUAUGAAAUGUUCAUAAAUUGUAAAACAGUUGAGUGUAAUCUGUAUACAUCUCCAUAGAAAUACUGUCAUUUCAGUCAUGUGAAUUGUGCUAUGAAAUAGCAGUUUCCAUCUGCGUUUUCAUUAUGACAAUGUUAUAAAUAUAAUAUAUUCUCAACCCAACAACCACCACCAUUAUUCUCCACAGGGCUCUGAGCUUUUCCACUUCCGUAUCUCUGUCAUCCCUGGAGUUGUGUUGUGUGACCUGGUGGAGGAGGUACAGGUGAGGGAUCCUAUAGCUUUUACACUCAAGUCAGUAACUCAUAAAAAAGAAGAACAUGACAACCCCCGGCCCUCACCAAUUUCUCUCCUUCCUUGCUCUCUCUCCCCCUUUCUCUCUCUCUUCCUAUACGGGUAGAUCUACGUAGACGAGCCUCCGUUGGCGUUCCCAACCCAACACCUCGUCAACAACAUGGCAGCCAUCAUCCUGGGAGGCCUGCUGCUCUUCGGCUUCCUGCUCAUAUACAACGGCGUUGCCAUGCCAACCAAGAGGAGCAUCAAAACCCUCCUCAAGAAACGCAAGCCCACCAUCUCGCCAACCAGAACCCCGACCUCUACCACGAUACAGCAACACGAGUAG